AUGCGAGUUAUUGAAUUACAGCGGAAGCAACAAAUUCGCAAUAUGAAAUUACAGAUAUAUAACCGUUAUAAUUCAACACGUCCUAUCAAGUGGAAAACAUCGGCAGAUCAACGUCUAAUGCUAACGUAUGAUAUGGCUUUAAACGCCAAUGAACAACACAGCAUCGAGCUUCGUAGACGUACAACACGUAGACUGGAGCAUCAUAGACUUGCAACACGUAGACUAGAGCCUCUUAGACGUUCAACACGUAGACUACAGCAUCGUAUACUUGCAACAUGCAUACUAGAGCUUCGUAGAUGUACAACACAUAGACUAGAGCUCCCUGGACGUGCAACACGUAGACUAGAGCUUCAUCGAUUUACAACACGUAGACUAGAGCUUCCUAGACGUGCACUAAGUACGUCAGAGCUUCGUAGACGUGCAUCAAGUACAUUAGAGCUUCCUAGACGUGCAACACAUAGACUAAAGCUUCAUAGAUGUGCAACACGUAUUCUAGAGCUUCGUAGAUGUGCAACACGUAGACUAGAGCUUUGUAGAUGUGCAACACGUAGACUACAACAUCGUAGACUUCGGUAG